AUGGCUGAAGGAGAGGAAUUCUGUUCGUCUACGCUCUAUCGUGACAAUCCAGAUUGGGCGGAUGUCACCCCGAUUUAUCCUACAAAAGAGGAAGAUGGUGCAGUUCGUAUUGCAGUUAGUGAGCAAUUCAGAGAUGCAUUCGCCUAUUUUCGUGCCGUUCUUGCAUCAGGAGAAAUGUCAACGCGAGCGUUUCUAUUGACAGAGGAUUGUAUACAACUUAAUCCUGCAAACUACACCCUCUGGCAGUUCCGACGAGAAUUGUUGAAGAAGCUUAACGUUGAUCUUACGAAUGAGCUCAAGUAUUUGGACGACAUUAUCAUGCAGACCCCGAAGAAUUACCAAGUUUGGCACCAUCGCAGAGCAGUGGUGGAGCUCAUUGGUGCUUCCGCAGCAAAAAAUGAACUUGCAUUCACAGCCUCAGUCAUUGAGGAUGAAUCGAAGAACUACCAUGCAUGGCAGUACAGGCAGUGGGUUUUGCGUCAUUUUGUUUUUACCGGGAAAGAUAUCGAGGAAGCACUCGAGACAGAGUUGUCAUUCACUUCUAAGCUCCUUUUUGAAGACCCUCGGAACAAUUCUGCGUGGAAUAAUCGUUAUUUUGUUCUACAAACCACUAACAAAAUGUCUGCUCCGAGCACUCUUGACAAUGAAAUCAGUCUUACAAAGCGAUUCAUCGAGAAGAUGCCCAACAACGAGAGCGUCUGGAAUUAUUUAGCUGGGUUACUACUCGGCAGUGGACUGUCCUCACGGGCAGAUGUUGUCGCUUUUGUUGAGGACUUGUAUGAGAGAACAGAAGCACCUAAGAGAUCACCCUACCUCGUGUCAUUCAUUUGCGAUGUCCUUCUGGAAAAUAUAGAGAAUGAUGUCAAUGCUGUGGAGAGCUGUAAAAGAGCGAAGGAGCUAUACACUGAGCUUGUAAGUUUGGAUCCUGUUCGGUCGAACUACUGGAAACAUCAGAUGCGAGUAGCCGAUAACCUGCUGGAAAGACGAAGCUUCAGGACGGUGGCAAAAAUGGGGAUGGGACCUGACCACAAGGUUUUAGUCGUGCUGGACCACGGAUCUCGUUUUGCAAAAAAUGCCAACAAUCCUCUCAAUAUCACCCUCAAGGAAUCAAACACGAGCCGUACGGUUGGAAAGUGUGACAAAUCACUGUGGACAUGGUGCGUGGAGGCUACGCUGGAGUUACACCGAGUCGUUUUUGACUUAUUCUCUGGUGAACGCGAUCCUGCUUGCGCGAGACUAAUGCGACUGGUACUGGCAGAUUGUGUUGGAAGAGUCCUUCAGCCGCGUUGGGGCACUAAACUUGUCACUCAGCAGGAGAUGCUGAACUCUCUUUCCGGUGCUGGUUUACCGUCGACCAGCGACGAUAGCGACGGUGUUGCUCUGAGUGGAAUAACUCUUGCUGUCGAAGCACUCAGUCAGCUCAGCGACGCUCAGAUGAAGUGGGAAGGUCCCUGCCCUACAAAGAAACAAGAAGCGAAUAAUGUAAAGGAAAGGAGCAGCUUCACUCGAGUUCCAAAAUGUUGGGAAACACCGUCUUCUUCUACAGUGGCCUCAGAAUCGGAGCGUAAGAUAGUGGAGAAUUCUGGAUCCAUCAUCAUCUUCACUUCAUUUGCUGAAGAUGAACGUCUAACUGAGUUGGAAAACGAGGUAGCAGACGUGGUCAAUUGUCGAAAUAGAAUAAUAAAAUCUCUACAAGAUAGCUCGUUUUCUUGCAUCAGCCACGUAAAGAUGUAUAUUAUCAAUAUUUUGCCCAACGAUCGGCAGUAUAGCGCUACGUCGAAGCCUUUCAGAGAUAUUUCGCCUGCGUUAUCUUCCUGUAUUUUUUCGCGAACAGCUGGAGACGAACUGAUCUCAAUAAUUCAUUCUAUUGCCAUUAACAUCUACGACCUUGUUUCAACAACUGUCUCAGGAAUUCCAAUGAAGGAGGAAGCUCAACAAGGUCAACCUGCGGUUGCGAUCAACUAUGACGUAGAGUUGCUGCACAGCAGAGAAGCUCACAUAGAACUGGAGCGGCUUGGACUCGUCACCAGAGACGUCGCUGAAGAUGUCACUGGGACUUUAAUGGUGUAUGCUGGUCGUGCUACGUAUCCCACUGCACGUCUUGUUUGGUCCACUCCAGUACCUAAAGGGCGAUGGAACACGUUCCCACGGAACCGCCACGCAUCGCGAGUGACUCCUUCAGCAGUUAACAGCCGACCAUCUGUUUGCCUUUCUUCUUAUCUACUUCAAGGGCGUAAUGUUAUGCUUGAAGUUACGCGUGUUGCCAAAUGCGAAGGACUUCUAUCAAACGUCGGGGCAAAACUGAUUGCACAUACUUUGAUUGCACAUGGAGGACAUAUCUACAUACACGCGAAUGACGUCGGACCUCAUGGUGUACUAGACUGCCAGGAAACACGAGAGAAGAUGCAAUUGAGAAAGACUGCAAACGGACGAAUCUCGGAUUUUAUUGCCUUAGUGAAAGAGAGUUCUUUGCAUCUGCCAGAGUCUGGAAACAAGGCAGAUGUUGAUGCUAAGAAUUCUAUUGCGUUCUCGAAUGUCGCCUGUUGCCAGCCACGGCGACAGCUUCUACGGGUCACUCGCUAUUGGCCACUUCGUUCCGACCAAUGUUAUAUUUACAAUGUCCCAAAGCGUUUUGAUGCGCUUUUUGCUAUCAUGCGGCAACCACAUUUGUCAACGGUAGAUGCAGACAAAUGCAAGCAGGUUAUUCACCAGAUGGUUGCUCUGAGAGAUUCUAGGGAAAAAUUAGGCGAAAUGAACACUGCUUCACGGUUACUGAAGGACAACAGCAGUAGAGAAGAGCAACUUCAAGUUGCAUUUUUGGAGAUGGCUAGACAUUUGGGAAACUAUGUUAACCAUUCUGAAAAACAUUCUGAGUCGGUCGGUCUUGAACGUGUCAUGAAGACUUCGACAUCUGAUGUGACGGUGGUAGACCGCAGUAUUAAGAAGAGACAGGAGGCGGCUGCUUCCAACUUUACCGUCGCGUCAGCAUCUGUGAUGUCGUCGGCUGCCAACGAAACACGAAAUACGGGUCGGAGCGAUUCUCCAUUGCCCAAGAAACCUCGCAAGUCAGUGUAUUUGUGGAAGCCUAACGAAACAAUGAAUCUAUACGACUACAUUGUGGAAAAGGAAGAACGCCAACACCGAGCGCAUUGGGUCGAUUUUGUUGGACGUGUGAAGGCAGGGAAUCGUCCUGCUCAUCUCUACCCUAAUCUCGACUUAUCCGCUUCAUCGGCAAAGCAAGAAUAG